AUGCGUCCUUGGGUAGCCAUCCUGGGCCUCCUACUCCUGCCAGAUGGUGUAACCUCUUACCACCGAGUGACUGGAGUGGCGGGUCAGUCUGUCAGGCUACCCUGCCACUAUAAUGGUGAAGUCACAAGCAUGUGCUGGGGCCGAGGGGCAUGUCCUUGGCUUAAUUGUGGAACUAACAUCAUCUGGACUGAUGGCUACAGAGUCACCUAUCGGAGGGAUGGACGUUACCAGCUAAAUGGACAUAUUGGUGGAAGGGAUGUGUCUUUGACCAUAAACAAUGCCGCCCUGUCUGACAGUGGCUUGUAUUGUUGCCGAAUUGAGAGGAGAGGGUGGUUCAAUGACAUAAAAACCACCCUAGAGUUGAGGGUAAAUCCAGCUCCAACCAUGAUGGUCACCACUGCUCCAGUGACAGUGAGGCCCUCUAUGUCUGCGCUUCCAAUGCCAGCACCCACAAGGGACCUCCAGCCAGCUUCUUUAUCUUCUCCAACUGAGAUAGCAGAAACCCAGCCUACUACCCUGUAUGAAACAAACAUAACCAGCUCACCAUGGCACUCUUGUUCAACAGAUGGAAAUGGCACUGUGGCACAGACUCCAGAUCCCCACUGGCAUAACAAUCAAACUCUUGUGGCACUGGCACAAGAAACCUGGAUGAGCACCAACAAGGGAGUCUACACUGGAAUAUCUGUUACUAUUUUGGCGUUGCUGCUCAUGUUUGUGGUUUUCUGGAUUAGGAGAAGAUAUUUUUGCCUGGGUAACAAGGCGGAGCUACUACGCGUGAUUCCAUUGAAAGAUUCUCACAUUGGAGCUUUGAAAAAUGCAGCUCUGAAGCCUAUCCAAGCAGAAGACAAUGUCUACAUUAUUGAUGACUAUCACUAA